AUGUCAUCACGGACAUACAAAGUUUACGUUGGAAAUCUUGGCAGCAAUGGUUCCAAAAGAGAGCUGGAAAUGGAGUUUGAGAGGUUUGGAAGGCUUCAUGAUGUGUGGGUGGCCCGUAAUCCCCCUGGCUUUGCCUUUGUCGAAUUUGUAGAUCUGCAUGAUGCAGAAGAUGCUAUUAAGUCACUAGAUGGGGCAAGAAUUUGUGGAGAGAGAGUUCGUGUGGAAAUGGCUCGAACUAAUAGCAGUAGAGGAGGAGGAGGAGGAGGAGGUGGAAGUUAUCGCUCUAGUCGCCGUGAUGAUCGAGGCGGUGGGUGGCGUGAUGACCGAGGACCUGGCCGAGGUUACGAUGACAGAUCUAGAUCUCCCUACAGGUUUGUUUUGUUGUGUUAUUUUGUAGUGUACUUUGGGCACAGGAACCUGAUCUGUGACAUCAGUUAGUGCAAUACAGUGAAAACUUGCAAGUAUUAAGGGCGGUGUCUUUCGGAUUUAGUCUACUGUCCAUUUUAUAGAAGUGUUCAUUUACACAUAGUCAAUGGUAAUACAUUCAACUCUCUCUAAGAAGGACACCUUUGGGACCGGCCCCUACUGUCCGUCUUAGAGAGAAGUCCAGCUUAUAGAGAGUCAAGGUAAAGUGUUGAACUUAUGCAAAACAGCUAAAACUGGAAAAUUGUAACAGAAAAGAACAUUUUCUUAUUGUACAAUCAAAAGUUCAUUACAAGCAAAUGUUCAUGGCUUCUUGGUCUAAGACACUAUGCAAAUUGUAGAAAGAGUACAAAAUAUUAAGAAUUUUGCAAUUUAACUUCAUGUAGAGCACCUACAUUUCCGUUUUGAGGUAUUUUUCACUGCAUAAAGCACUGCUCAAGCGUCUGUUGUCCAUCUUAGAGAGUUAUCCAUCUUGUAGAGGGUAUAGUUACAGUAGAAUGAGUGAAAAACGGUAGGGACCAACAGCAGGUGUCCAUCUUAGAGAGGUGUCUGUUGUAUAGAGGUGCCCGUUAAGAGAGAGUUGACUGUUAUAAUCGUUAGUGCAAAAAAAAAGGAUGAACAUGAACAGACCAGGGAAGGGAUGCCUGAGCCCAUCGAGAUAUUUUCCAUCUUUUCAAAGCAAAGAAUUGAAAGAGAGAGAGAUUGAUUUAGAAUCACGUUUACGGCAAACAGCAAACGUAUCUAAAGAUUUGCGUGUGUAGUGAUAAUGAACAGUGAAUGGCAAGUAAAGGGAAAACUUAGUCAUGUGGUACAAAAUAAUUCACAUUUGCCAUUUGUCAGAAAUGUGACUCUAAAUCUCUACAUUAUCUACUACUCUUUACUUAGCCUCCUACAGCACCUGAAACAAAAAAGGAAUGACUAUUUAAUUAAAUUUUGUUUGCCUAGGAAUGUUAAUACAGUAGUUACUUAAGGUCAAGAUUCUUGUCACUAUAACGGUCUUAAAGAUAAGUAUAGAAAACAGCAUUAGUUGCACAGCAUUGUAGAUAUUCAAGAUAACGCUUUUGUAGUAUCAUUUUGUUGAUGUAACUAUCAUAUCUGGGUUACUCUUUAGGUACAUCUAAACGUCGUCCCCAUUAAAGAGCUGAGCCAACUUGCCUACUUUUACAUGGUUAUUAGCCCUGGGAUGUGCUGAUACCCAAAGAACUUCCCCUCUUCUUCACACAAAUGGGCUUCUCCUAGACAGUACCCUGCUCCCAUCAGCCAACCUGCCUUCGUCUUCCCACCAACUUCUUUUUACUUCAUCAUCCCUUCAUUGCCCUGAAAGUAGGUUCGUCAUUGUCUUCCUUUCAUCCAUCCUUCCUUCCCAUUAACCCUUCAAAGUCGACACCAACUCAAUGUCGUGUAACUACUUUUGCUACGUACCAGCUUCUCAUUUUGAUGCCAUGAAUCAAUAAUCUUCACAUAGCAAUCAGUUUCAUCUAUGAGGUGAUCUUCCAAUGCAUGUUUCUUUUUUGGAAUCAGCAAGUUAAUCAUUACUACAAUGAAUCAAGGUCCAUACAACAACCAACCUAGUAGUAGUGCCUAAAUCAAUGCAGGCAUUCUCUAGAUACUGAGUAGAGUCUACCAUCACAUGGCUGUAUCAAUGUAAAAUGUUUGUUCUGCUGUUGCAAACGUAAAGACACAUAAGGACUUGGUUAAGAAUACAAGAUGCUCUCUUGUCACACUGGAACAAGGCUGAGCAAAAAGUCGGUAAAACAAAGUGGUGAUUAUACAUUGGGAAGCUUCUCUUCUCUUUCAAAUACAGCAUCCUUGCCUCAAGGUCAACAGCAUCUACAGAUAUUCCCUGUACUGUCACACUCAAAAUGACAACAUCCUUCAGCUUAUGUCAUCCAUCAGACCUUGGUUGUUCUUCCCUUAACUCAAUUACCACAGCCACCCUUUUUGCAACUUGGUGACUGCCAGUAACUCUACUGUAACUUGGAUUAGUUGACCACAACUUGGAAAAAGGUGUCUUCAUGAAGUUAAACAAGUUGGUGAAUGUUGUCAUUUUAAAUCAGCCAUGGUUCUCAUCAGAGAAGGUGGUUCUUGGCUUCACAAUCCACCGUCAUGUCAAGUUUGGUGUCCUCAUGCACAGUUCAACAGCAUCAAAAGAUCCCCUCUGUUAUUUUGUGGGCUUCAUUUAAAUAACAACUUCCUGCAUCUUAUUUUAAGAACAUCUGCCAUGGUUAGCCACCGUGAGAUUGGUACUGGAGCCAAGCUUACUUUGUAACAUACAAAAAUUGCAACUUCUCAUUCUGCUGUUACCAGGAUUAUUUGACCAUAAUCGGUAUUAAGGCAUCUGCAUGUAGUUCAACAAAUCUGUUCCAGCCGUUGGACUUUGCUGUUAAUAUUUUUAUUGUCUUCACGCUUUUCAUCACCAACAGGAUGGUGCAUUGCUUCACACCAAUACUCACCCACACAGUGCCAUAAAUGUUAUCGUCCGUUUAGGGCAGCGUACAUCACCAAAUUACUAAGCUUGGUUUGGAAAAGAUUACGCAACUCCGCUUUUAAAAAUUUGCAUAGUUUGUCGAUGAGAAGGAUGGAAGUGUGAAAUUUGAAAGGCUUGCAAGAGUAACACUCUGGCAAGUGCUCCAAGCUGUUUGACUGUUUUGGUCAUUAUGGUUUAAUUUGGCAUGAUAGUCGCCAUAUUAAUGAUCUUUUGUAUCAUUUUUGAUGGGUAAGCCUUUCAGUUCAUUGUGUUAAGAUCUGGAGAAAUUUUUAAAAUGAGUUAGAAAACAAUUGUAACUAACACUUUUGUUUAAAACUUGUUAGUGUCAAUAAAAGUGGCGUGAAGGGAAAAGUAACUGUAAAAAAGUUAACCUUGGAGCGCGGCUGCAUCCUUUUUUUUUUAAAAAAAAAAAACUUUAUUUGUUUGGGGAAUACUAAAAGGGUUUAUUUUCAAUUCAUUAAUCUUUUAGAGUAGUUUCUUGGGAAAAUAAUAUUGUGUUUUUCUAUUCACUAUAUGUCUUGUACAAUGUAUAAUUAACAAGAGGAAUAUUCAAAGUUUUAGUUAGCAAUAUUAAAAAUAGUUCAGUUGUUAGAAAUUAUUAACUUCAGGUUCAUUAAUUUGCUUGACUUUCUUCUCAAAAGCUUUAUUGUUUCAUUUGUAUGUUUAUAACAGGUCACCACCACGCCGAAGAGGCAGAUCUAUGGAGGGAGACAGGCAAGUAGAGCCUUUUUGAUGAAUUGAUUGAGUGGUUCAGUGAUUAUUAUGUCAAACUCACAUUCUCCUUGAUCAAAAAGGUUGGCAUUUGAUAGUGUCAGUGAAACUUACUUUGUUUGCAAAUGUUUUCCAAGGCUACAAAUAACAGUCAUCCAUGAGUAAUGAAACAUAGUCAGAUAUUAGUCUGGCUUUUAUAUCAUCAUUAUUACUGUGUUGCUGUAAAGAAGAAUCUGUCUUCGUUAUUUAAGCAGAUCAUAACCUCCUCAUAUGCUCCUUCUCUGUUAUAAUGAAUCAGAUGUGUUGAAAUCAAUGCAUCUAGACUAGUAACCACAACGUUGUAGCCUCAAAUCCUGCGGGUACUCAGUUUUUUUUUCCGAAUUGCCUGUGUCACUAACUGAAAAAAACAUCUCUCUCGUGCAUUCACCAGGCUCAAAAUUCACCAUCACAUUGCACCUAUUUAAGCUCAUUUCAACAUCCUAGUCCUGGUAGUAUGCAGGAUGUUUGUUGCAUGAACCGAGUUUACUGGCCUUAGCUCCCACGAGUCUCCUGUAGCUUGCAGACUAUUCAACCACCCCAAUUUUGUCGGGAUUCUCCUGAUUUUGCUUGAAAAUCCUGAAUCCCGAUCAAUAUGGAUCAGGAUGGAAAACAUCAUGAUUUUGACAUCUGUUCUGAUAAUUUCAAUUUAAUUCUUAUGAUACAAAACCUGCCACAAGUUAAUGUUCAGAAAUAUCAAUCCAUGUUACUGGGCUCUAGGGCUGAAGCAAAUACCAUAAACCUGCAUGUAGAUGGAGGUAGCAUAGAACAAUAAUUGAAAUCUAUCAAAUUGUUUGACGUACACCUGGACUCUGAACUUAAUUUUAGUGAGCACGUUAAUUCUGUUUUGCAAAAAGGCUAGUUAACAGAUAGGAGUUCGAAGACGUCUAAAAAAUCUUAUACCUACUCAUGCUAAAUUACAACUAUACAAAGCUGCCAUAUUGCCUCACUUAACUGCAGUACCAUUUGGCACUUCUGCAGAGGCUCAGACAAACAUAAAGUUGAAAAAUUACAGGAGAGAGCCCUUAGAGUGGUUUUCAACUAUGAGUCAGUCUCGUAUGAUGAACUGCUGAAGCUGGCUGAACUCCCUUUGCUUGUUAACAGAAGGCUUCAGCAAAUUUGCGAUUCUCAUGUUUAAGGCAACAAAGAAUCAACUUCCAAGUCAAAUACUGUGUAUUUAGAGUGUUGCUGUUCUCCUUAACAGGUGGGGAGGUGGAAGAGGAAGAAGCAGGUCUCGUAGUCCAAGGCGAUUCUAACUUUCCAGAAAGGUAGUGCAAAUAACAUCAGCCUAUGUACUAUAAAAUCCCAGUUGUGAGCCCCGGAAUUGUACAAUUUCUUUAGCGGGUUUUGGGUGGGCUUAUAUAUGCCUGGGGGGAGGGGAAUUUAGUGGGAUUUAGGGUCAGGGUUAGGGUUAAAAUUAAAAUUAGCCUGGGAACAGGCUCACUUGUGCCAGUUGGGGGUGGGAAAGCCACCAGCAUAUCUUACCCAUUCUUCUUGGCAUCUUGCGCAGCCAGCUCCACUACCAAAACUUCCCCUAAUGCAGGCUAUUUCAAAAUUAGUCUAAACAAAUUAUUGUUUUUUUUCCACUGGAAAUAUUUUUGGUGUUAACAGUUCUCUGAGUUUCACAGUAACUAUAGCUGCUCCAAACCUGCUUUUUGUAAGAUUGACGUGAAAGGAAGCUUUGGGACCCAUUUUAUAAAACUAGACUACAGGCAUAAUUAUCAACAUCAUGAUUUAGCAGUUUGCAAUAAUAAUUGUUGUUGCAAACCGCUAAAUCAUGAUGUUGGUCUUAAAUUGAAUGCGGGACAUUAACAGUAAUACCCAACAUUCUGGUUCAUCUAACGGGCUGCAGGGUCAUUUUGCUAGUAGUAAAACGUGUGUGGAAAGUUAUGAGGGGGCAACAACACAUACCCCAAUAAGUUCAAAUUCACCCCAGACUUUGCUUUUUUUGCAUGUUGUUGUAAACUUCCUAAAAAAACGUACAAAAAUGUAUCAUGCUGGGUUGUGUAGUGUAUUGGCACAACAUUCUACAAAAUUAAUAUUGAAGUACAGUCAAUUCUUUCUAAGUCAGACACCUCUUUUGGGAACAGCACAGUUUCGGUGUUAGAGAGAUGUCCGUCUUAUGGAGUGUCAACGAAAAGGUGUAAAGAAAGGCAGGCACCAAAUCUAGAUGUCCGUUUUAGUAAGGUGUCCAUCUUAUAGGGGUGUCUGUUAAACUUUGAGAGUUGACUGUACUGUACCACCAGUGGACAUCCUACAAUAGCUACCGUAAAAUUCCAAAAAUAAGCCCCAGGGCUUGUAUUUUUCAAAGACCCUUUUUGAGGGGCUUAUUUUUGGAGGGGCUUAUAUUCAGAGGGGCUUAUCUACGGAGGGAAAUUUGUGUUUCAAAAUCGAUUGGGCUAGCCUUAUAGUUGGAAGUAAAUGUACCGUUUUUGCUUUGUUUUACUUUGUACUUGAGGGCAAUUUUCCAAGUACAAGCGCCCCGGGGGCUUAUAUUUGGAGGGGCAAUUUAACAGAGGGUUUUUUGCGUUACCGGUUUGGGGUGCUUAAAUUUGGAGGGGCUUAUUUUCGGAAUUUUACGGUAUGUGAUGGUCUAGCUAUUCACAGGGCAAAGCCAGUAACUUUAUCCUUAGUCAUUUAUUAACUGAACUAACCAUGCAUCCACUCUGCGGAUUAUUAUACGUUUCUGGGAAACCGCCCACCUACCCCUCCCCUAAGUCAACAUUAACGCUUACUUCUCGCUUACGGCAAAAUGUUGGCUUAGCAGAGGGGUAGGUGGGCAGGUCCCCAGAAACGUACAGUGGAACCCCGCCUUACGGCCACCUCGGUAAUAAAGACACCUCGUUAUUACAGCAUCUUUUUUUGGCUGCCAGGCAAAAUGGCCAUACAUUUUCUUGUAAAAAAAAAACCCUCGUUAAUACGGUCACCCGUUAAUACGGCCAAAUUUGUGACGGUAUUAACGGGUUCCACUGUAUAAUGAUCCAAAUCGCUAUUGUACAUUUACAUUGUUUUGUUAUUAUUUUGUUUUGUUGCAGAUGACGACACCAAGAAGGCCUUUGCCACACAGUUGGCUUUCCAAGCAUUUUUAGUGUAGUUUUUAGACUGUAUGUUUUCAUGAUAGAGUACAUGCAUAACUAGCCUGUGUACAGACGUCCCCCUCCCUCAGAUUUUUUUCUGAGGGAGGGGGACGUCUGUACACAGGCUAAUACAUAACUUGUUUUUAAUUAUUCUUAUCUUUUUUGAAAACAGGAAAAUAACCAUUACAAUUUGUGUUAGCUGCAAAUGGAACUGCAACACAAACACAGUAUAUAUGUAUUUUCAGUUGAUAACAGCUGUUAUUUUGGUUACAUUCUUUCCACUCCAUUUUUUACAGUAUUUGCAUAAACACAAAUUGCAUUACUUUUGACCAAACAAUUGCUAGAAUUAAGCUUGAUGCUGAUAAAUGAACGUCUACCCUCAGUG